AUGAAACGGCGUCGCAGCCAAUCUGAGGGCCCCUUGGCCGAUGGCGCAUCCCCCCCCGCUCCCUCUGGAGCCCAAUCGGCGUGGAUCGCAUCUCUGGGCGUGAACGAGCAGAUCCCAGCGGUCGACCUCAGGCCAGCCUGGGCGGUCUCGAUCCAUCCCUGCGCCACGCUCAGCCUGAGGAAAUUGAACGAGAAGGCGGAGAAGCGGGGCAACUUGGGCGGGCGCAGGAUCUGCGAUCCGAUCGAAGCCUUCACGAGCACACACGUGCUGAGCCUGGGGGAGGUUUUGAGAUUGGGCCUGGCGGCAAAGGCGAGGGCACAGGCGACGAAGGCAGGGGCGGAUGCGGCAGGGGAGGACCAAGCGGCGAAAGCGGCCUUGGAAUUGAUUGCGCCGUUGAUCGAAGCCACGAGCGGGACGUUUGAGUUUCAGGUGCCCAGGCACCUGAAUGCCCUGCCGGAGGAGGGGGGGGAGCAGGGGCAGAGGGUGAUCUACUACGGCGUGGAGGGCGGCCGGGAGCGAGGGCUGAGGGACCUGAAGCGGGUGCUGGUGGACCUGGCGGCGCGGGGGUGCCUGAUGGACAAGAACUCCGUGCACACGGCGCUGGAGUACCCAGGUGGCACACCCGAGCAGGUGCUCGAGGGCGAGGGCAAGCAGCAGGGCGUCACCCACGGCGGGCGCAUCGCCCUGGCGUGGGACGCCUCCCUGGACGCCGCCGUGGCGCUUUCAGAAUCGGGCCAGCCGAUCACCAAUCCAAAUCUCGACCCCCUGAGCGUGCUCUGGUACGAUCAACCCGCGGGGUACGACAGGCCAACCAGCGACGACUCCAACUACUGGGCGGCGCUUUCCGUUUUCGACCCGUCGUUGAUCGACUGGGGGUGCGGGGUGGGGCCGGACACCGCUACUCGCAGAGCGUGGGCGGAGAACACGGAGAUCUGGUCUGCCCUGGAUAUACUCACGGUGCCGUUUGCCAGCGACCACCCCAAUCCCGCCUACAGAGACUACAAGCGCAAUCCGGCGGAGAUCAAGAGGGCAUCAGAGCUGACUGGCUAUGCAAACCUGGUCCUGACAGCAGCAAAUCGAGGGCUGGGCAAACGCGCAAGGGCCGCGCUGAAGGACCUGCGAAACUACGCCGUGUACUGCGAGGAGGGCGUGGUGAACGUCAAGAACGCAGGGCUGAACGUCGUACUCAAUCAGCGCAGCGUGGACGAGGGCAGGAUAUCCGAGGAGGCGUUUGCGGCUUUCGAGAGCAUGGUGGAGGCGUUCCAGUCGGCGCCGGGGUGGCGGGAGGCGCCGGCAGUCGGCUGGGAGAAGCUCAGGGAAAGGGGAGUCAUUACUAAGCUGCAACUCGAGGAUUUGAGGCACACGGGGUACGUGAACCAGAGGCUGCGCACCAUGGACCCGGAUGUCCGGCCUUGGACGCAUUACUGUCCCGGCGGUGUGGAGACGGACACCUCCAGAGACGGCUGUGGCCUGUACACGAGGCCGGUGACUGUGGCCACACUGGCGGCGAAUUUCAUCGCCAACAACUACCCGCGCCACGAGCUUGUGAAGGGGUUCGCGGGCCAAAUGGGGGGGGUGAUGUCAAAACCGGCUGAGCACCCAGCCAGGGUGGCGCUGGAGAUGAUGAUUGCGCAGGCGGGGUUGAGCAAGGGGGACGUGAGGGGAAUGGCCGGCCUGAUUGCUGCAGAGUUUCACGGCGCCUUCCUUGACCUGCAGACGCCGUACUUGUUCAAGCAGCUGCGUGUGCCGGACAUGGAGGGGGAGGGGGACCGGGAACGGGUGGAGGCCCACUUCAAGGAGUUCAGGGGCGUUGUGGUGGACCCGGGCCUGGCGCGCGACGAGCUGGUCGUUAGGAUCAAGGAGAUCAACGAGCGGUUCAGGGAGGUUACGUACACUUUGGACGGGGCGGAAGUGAGGGGAAUUCAGCUGUACUCGCCGCUCCAGGGCGUGGAGGGGCCCAAGGGAGCGCCAUUCAUGCCUCCCUUCGUGGGCCAUAGGCACCUGGCGUUCUUGGUGGGCAGCGCGUACAGGGACACUCAAGGUAGCUGA